GUCAGGAAACGACGUCGCUACGUUACGCGCUUUUUAAUAUUUUGUUGUACUAUUUAUGUGAAGAGGAAAUCGGAUGCCCUGAACUUACAAAUCUGAAGCAACGCCGUCUGUUUCUCCAUCGAAUAUUUCAAUUUCAUCUUCUGAGCCCUAAUUUCUUCUUUCUCUGCCGCCGAUUCACUCCCUCUUCAAGCUCCAGCGAGAUUCUUAGACAGCGGGCCUUUGUCUUUAGUUGCUGUUCAAAUGAGGGGCAGGAGUUAUACUCCAUCGCCGCCAAGGGGUUAUGGAAGAAGGGGUCGUAGCCCUAGCCCUAGGGGGCGCUAUGUGGGACGUGGAAGAGACCUUCCUACUAGCCUUCUAGUUCGUAAUCUUAGCCAUGACUGCAGGCCUGAGGAUCUUCGUAGACCAUUUGGACAGUUUGGUGCUAUUAAGGACAUAUACCUACCGAAGGAUUAUUAUACUGGAGAACCACGAGGUUUUGGUUUUGUUCAAUAUGUGGAUCCUGCUGAUGCUGCAGAUGCUAAACACCAUAUGGAUGGCUGUGUUCUUCUUGGUCGGGAGUUGACUGUGGUAUUUGCUGAGGAAAACAGGAAGAAACCAUCUGAUAUGAGGGCAAGAGAGAGAGGAAGUGGGCGAUUUCAUGAUCGAAGAAGAUCUCCUCUGCGGUAUUCUCGUUCACCUCGAUAUUCACGUUCCCCGGCUCAACGGCGUGGGAGGUAUUCUCGUUCACCAGCUCCACGCCAUGCAAGGUCUAGGUCUCGUAGUUAUGAUUAUGCAUCUCCACCACCAAAACAAAGGGCUUAUUCAAGAUCAGUGUCCCCUCGUGACAGACCAGACAGUCGAGAGAGGUCUUUCCCACAACAGGAGAGCCGUGGAAGAUCGUACUCCCGAUCUCCACGUCUAGACGGUUCAAGGAGUAGGAGUGAUAGUCCAACACGAGGUCGAAGUCCAAGCCCUGUAAGAGGACGAAGCCUAAGUAGGAGCAGGAGUAGGAGCAAAAGUGUUAGCCGGAGCCGAAGCCGUAGUCCCCAACAUAGUCCAAGACAUGAAGAAGAGUAUAGAAGUGAGCCGAAUGGUGAUCGGAGCCCAGGUCAAUAGGCAAGCAGUUCAAACUUGGGAAACUACAAUUUACUAUUGCCACUGUUUAAUUUGAUGUUUCCGCUAUAGACAUCAUUUCUUAGUAUUGUUGGCUAGCGUUUAUUGUUCUUGGGAAUUUGUGCUUUAUCAAAAAUUGAUUGUUGAGUACUUUUAUUUUUAUGCUGUCUUUCGUGUGUUGCGAUUGACACUUUACUA